AUGUGUGCGGACCUGAGCAAUCCCUCUGAAUGGAAGAUUUGUCAGAUCUUGGAAGCCGCUUUUAUCUCCAGCGGCAUCAGCGAUGAUGACCUAAGCGAGAUUGGCAAUGUGGUGGCGUCGGCCGACCUGGAGAUUGAGCAGCUUCUGGGGGAUCUUUCCGAACUCGAUCGUGUUUGCAAGGCUAUGAUGAUAGAUGCUAUAGAUGCGGCCGGGAUGGAUGUGAACCAAGACGCUCUGAGCAUCCCACGAGCACAGUUGUAUGCAUUGACCCAACGGUUGAUUUUCAGUUUUGGGGGCAAAGCCCCUGAGACGAUGAGUAACAUCUCAGAAGUGUUCGGAGCGACCGUUCAAGAGAAAGGUGUUGGACUGCGUGAAUUCAAGGGCUUCCUGGCCUCCGUAUUGACACAGCUGAAAAAGGAGAGGGAAAAGCAUGACCAGUCUGACGGCCAGACGGCUUUUUCACAGACAAUCUCUUCACAGACCGACGACUCGUCGUGGCCGAGUUCAUGGUUGGAAGGCGCUGCAGCCAGACUCCUGCAGAGGGUUGACAACAUCGCCAUCAAGCUGGACGAUUUGGUUGAGCCGGAGACAGCAGAAUUGGCGGAUGAACUGGUGGCUCCUCUUCAUUUCAGGCCCGCGCCGCUUCGAGGAGGGCCGCCGCGAGAAGGGGCGCCGCAGGAGGCGGCUCUGAGCCCAAGCAGCGGCCCUGAGAGCAAGGCUGUGGCCGCUGCAGCGCCCUGGCCGGCCAGUCUCAUGCUCGAGGAAAGCGGACUGCCGGUAGACGCGGCUCUGGCAGACUCCUGGGCACCUAUGCGGCUGCUGGUGAGGCCCGGAAGCAGCUACUUGGACCUUGCCCCAUCCAAGUCGGAUCACGCUCAUGGCCGUGCGCUUCCGUUUGAGACCCCGGCUCAGAUCUACUCUGCCAUCUGCAAACUCCCCGAUCUGGCGCCUCUGCACACUUUGCUUGGAGUUCGAAGAGGGAUCCCUGCUCCUCCGGAUGCCAUCCGAACAUGCAGAGGUCGCAAUCAACGGUCUCAUCCGCGACUGCAGGAUUCCCAUCGUGGACGCGCGCCCUGGCUCCUGAGGCCUCAGACUAGGCGAGCUGCAAAGUACUUGCGCAGAGAAGGACGUCUCCCGAACGACCAGGUUCGCUUCUACUCCGGUGAGAUUCUGUUGGCCUUCGGGUAUCUUCACAGCCUCCAUGUAGUCUAUCGGGAUCUGAAGCCUGAGAAUGCGCUCCUUGACUUCGAAGGGCACAUCAAGUUGACAGACUUCGGGUUUGCCAAGGUUGUGGAAGAAAGAACGUGGACACUCUGCGGGACGCCCGAGUACCUGGCUCCCGAGAUGAUCCAGUCCAAGGGCCAUGGCAAGGGAGUGGACUGGUGGGCCCUGGGCGUCCUGCUGUACGAGAUGCUGGCAGGAUAUCCCCCUUUUUAUGACGAGAACCCUUACGGCAUAUAUCAGAAGGUGCUGAAAGGUCACGUGGACUUUCCGCGCCAUUUCGAUGUCAAAGCCAAGGACCUUAUACAACGGCUGCUGCAGCAGGACAGGUCAAAGCGUCUGGGCUGCCUCAAGGCUGGUGUCGAGGACGUGAAGAAACACAAGUGGUACAAGGGCAUGGACUGGGACCUACUUCUCACUCGGAGCGUCACACCACCAUUCCGUCCUCCUGUCCAAUCGGAGGAUGACACCUCAAUGUUUGACAGGUACCCUGAAAGCACAGAAGCUUCUGCGCCAGCUAUCUCAGCAAAGGAGCAAGAGAGCUUUCAAGAAUUCGACACGAGCAUUCUCGGAGCCUGA